GAUAAAAUAACAAGACCAAAAAAUAAUAAGUCAACGAAGAUAUCUUCUGCUAUAAAUAUCUUAUCAUAGUUUUAAUGUUGCUACAAAAAAGUUAUGUUAAUUCCACAACACAAGGGUACUUUGGUUCUUACAAACACAAUAUAGUUUUGAUCUUGUGUUCUAGUUAUGGCGGAUGCAUUAAGUGGAGCUGUGAUGGGAGAGGUGGUGAAGAAAGCUCUUCAAACAAUCAAAAAGGGUCGAGAAUUUGGUCCUACUCUGGAAAGGAACAUAGAAACUUUGAACAAUUUGGCUCCUUUGGUUAAAGAAAUCAAAGUUUACAACGAUUUCUUGGAUCGACCAAGUGAAGAGAUAGAAAGAUUAGAGAAACACAUAAGAGAAGGUGAAGAGCUUGUAAGAAAAAGUAAGAAGCUUACUUUAUGGAACUUUCUUUCUUUUCCAGGUUACCAAGGAAAGCUUAAGAAGAAAGAUGAAGGACUUCAGAGACAUUUGUCUGUUAAUGUUCAACUUGAGAAUAAAAAAGAUUUGAUCAAGCUGGUGGCUAAGGUGGAUGAAAUUUCCAAGAUUUUUGAGAUUUUGAUGAGAAAGGAGAAUUUGGGUCAGUUUGAUGGAAGUCAGAUUAGGGGAUUGUGUGGUGCUCCUGAAGAGCCUCAGUGUAUGGGAGUUGAUGAGCCUUUGAAUAAGUUGAAGAUUCAAUUAUUGAAAGAUGGUGUUUCUGUACUUGUUUUGACUGGUUUAGGUGGAUCUGGUAAAAGCACUCUUGCUAAGAAGCUUUGUUGGAAUCCACAAAUCAAAGGCAAGUUUGGUGGAAACAUCUUCUUUGUUACCGUCUCAAAAACUCCCAACUUGAAGAACAUUGUACAAACGCUAUUCGAACACUGUGGGCUUCGGGUGCCUGAGUUUCAAACUGAUGAAGACGCCAUUAACCGGUUGGGACUUCUGCUGAGGCAAGUUGGGAGAAAUCCAAUAUUAUUAGUCUUGGAUGAUGUUUGGCCUGGCUCAGAAGGCCUUGUUGAGAGGUUCAAAUUCCAAAUGCCAGAUUAUAAGAUUUUGGUGACUUCAAGGGUUGCAUUUAGAAGAUUUGGCACCCCAUACCAGUUAGAUCCACUUGACCAUGAUCAUGCAGUGUCCCUUUUCCUUCACUUUGCUCAAUCCAAUGACAAAAUGCCUGAUAAAAAUCUUGUCCAUGAGAUAGUGAAAGCCUGUAAGGGUUCACCGAUGGCGCUUCAGGUCAUUGCGGGAUCACUUCGUAAGCAGCCUUUUGUAACGUGGCAAAAAAUGAAGGAGCGUUUAAAGAGUCAAUCCAUUCUUGAGUCUAAUAGCACUGACUUGCUAUGUUACCUUCAACAAAGUUUGGAUAUGUUAGAAGAUAUCAAGGAGAAGGAGUGCUUCAUGGAUAUGGGACUAUUUCCAGAAGACCAGAGGAUCCCUGUUACUGUCCUCAUUGAUAUGUGGGCAGAAUUGCAUGGCCUAGAUGAAGAUGGUACAAAUGCAAUGGCCAUUGUCCAUGAUUUAAUCACCAGAAAUUUGAUUAGUGUCAUAGCUACAAGGAAAGUUGCAACAGAAACAGACAUGUACUACAAUAACCACUAUGUCAUGAUGCAUGAUCUUCUCAGAGAACUGGCAAUCCAUCAAAGCAAAGGGGAAUCAUUUGAACAGAGAAAAAGACUGAUCAUUGACUUGAAUGGAGAUAACCGUCCUGAUUGGUGGAUAGGACCAAAUCAGCAAGGAAUCAUUAGUCGAGUGUACUCAUUCAUCGCCGGAAUGUUCGUAAAACAGAAACAACUAAAGGUUGCUGCCCGGAUACUGUCUAUUUCAACUGAUGAAUCAUUUUCUUCUGAUUGGUGUGAUAUGCAACCUGAUGAAGUUGAGGUUCUGGUUUUGAAUCUUCAGUCUGACCAGUACUCAUUACCGGAUUUCACAGACAAAAUGAGCAAACUGAAAGUUUUAAUAGUAACAAAUUAUGGUUUCCAUCGUUCUGAGUUAAUCAAGUUUGAGCUACUUGGGUUUUUAUCAAACUUGAAAAGAAUAAGGUUGGAGAAGGUGUCAGUCCCUUGCCUAAGCAUAUUGAAGAAUCUGCAAAAAUUAUCCCUUCAUAUGUGCAAUACAAGGGAUGCUUUUGAAAACUAUUCUAUCCAAAUUUCAGAUGCUAUGCCAAAUCUAGUGGAGUUGAGCAUUGACUAUUGUAAUGAUUUGAUUAAAUUGCCCGAUGGAUUCUCUAACAUUACUACAUUGAAGAAGAUAAGUAUCACAAACUGUCACAAGCUUUCUGCAAUUCCUCAAGAUAUUGAGAAGUUGGAGAAUUUGGAAGUGCUAAGGCUUUGUUCCUGUUCUGAUUUAGUAGAGAUCUCAGAAUCUGUCAGUGGCCUUAACAAGCUACGAUGUUUUGACAUCUCAGACUGUGUGAGUCUUUCAAAAUUACCGAACGAUAUCGGUGACUUGAAAAAGCUUGAGAAGUUCUACAUGAAGGGUUGCUCAAACUUGAGUGAACUUCCUUAUUCUGUCAUCAAUUUGGGGAAUGUAAAGCAUGAAAUACAUGUGAUCUGUGAUGAAGAAGGUGCUGCCUUAUGGGAACAUUUUCCCAACAUUCCCAAUCUGAAGAUAGAUAUGCCUAAAGUCGAGAUUAACUUAAAUUGGCUUCAUGGAACUCGUUCCUAAGUGUUGCUUCACGUGGAAAAAGUGACCUGAAGUCAUAUUGAACAUGUAAGCAAUGUUGCUACACAUAUGUUUUCCUAUUUAUCAUAACCUUGUCCGUGUAACUCUAGUGAACAAAGCAGGAGUUUGUGUCACUGUACAUGUAAUAUACUCUAUGUGGCCUAAAAGAUAACUCCAUGUGUUGUUGUAGCAUGACUAUUAUUCUGUAACAAACUAGCACCAUAUUUUCUCAUUCAUUUGAAGAGAGAAUAGGAUCUAUGUACAUCAGAAUUACAGUACUCCAAAAUACUUUGUUUCCA